GUAUUGUGAACCUUGAUCUUGUCCAUACGACAUGCGGGGCGAUCACCGGCUCCAACAUCCGAGCCGAGGUUGAAAGUAACCCACAGGCAAGGCUACGAUGUAAUCUACACCAUUUAUAUCUCCAAUAACUAGACAUCUACAACCCUGAGAUUAACACUCUUCCAAAAUGGAAGCCAAGUCAUUCAAAACGAUACUCUACGAAAAGUCCCCAGGCGGCAAAAUCGCAUAUAUAACCCUGAACCGUCCCGACCGAUUCAAUGCAAUCGACGGACACCUCCCAAGGGAUCUCCGGGGUGCUGUCAAACUAGCGAACGCAGACCCUACCGUACACUGCAUCAUCCUGAAAGGGAACGGGCCCGGAUUCUGCGGUGGCUAUGAUCUGGACAUCUACUCCCAGAACGCGAUACGUGGAGAGACGGCUGGAUCACAGGAUCUCUCCAAGGGAUACGAUCCCUUGAUUGACUACGCUAUGAUGAAAGAAAAUACCGACUGCUUCUCGGAACUGUUUCAUAGCCACAAACCGACUAUUGCCCAGGUGCAUGGUGCUGCGGUGGCGGGUGGAAGUGAUAUCGCCCUGUGUUGUGAUCUGGUCAUCAUGGCGAGUAAUGCAAGAAUCGGCUAUCCCCCGAGUCGGGUUUGGGGUUGUCCGACCACCGCUAUGUGGGCUUAUCGGAUUGGUGUUGAAAAGGCUAAGCGGAUGUUAUUCACUGGAGACUUGAUUAGUGGAGCAGAAGCAGCGGAGAUGGGACUUGUCCUUAAAGCGGUGCCCGAGGGAGAGUUAGAGGAAACGGUAACAUUGCUUGCAAACCGUAUUGCGUCGGUUCCACAGAAUCAAUUAUGGAUGCAAAAGCAGGUGAUAAAUGGUCUUAUUGAGGGGCCUCUGCUCAGAAGCCAGAAACUCUCUACGAUAUUCGACGGGAUUACCCGCAAUUCGCCUGAAGGUGUUGCAUUCCAGGAGCUGAGCAAGGACAAAGGAUUCAAAGCUGCUAUACAGGAGCGCGAUAGUCCGGCGAGAUCGGAGAGGUAUCGGAAGGUGUGGAAGAGUGUGCUAUAACGGUCUUAAUGGGUGCAGGCAACUAUAUUGAAAUAAAUACGUAUCGUGUCGUUCGUUAUUGCUCUAUCAUUUCUAACUCAGGACUCACGAGUCAUCGGAUGCUUUAUAU